CGUCAGAAGCCUCGCAGGUCCCGUGUCGCUGGCUAUGAAGGAAAGCAAAAAAAAAAAAAAAGAAAAAAAAAAACCAACAAGAAGGAAGAGCAAUGGCGACAUUGGAUCGGAAACUACCCAGUCCGGAUAGGCUCCUGUGCAAGCGCUUGUCUACGUAUACCAACGCAACUGAAAUAUACGGCUCUGACAAUGUCUAUGUGGGACGUGAUGUACACACCAGAAAAGCAAUGAUACUCAUUGAUCACGACUCGUCUUUCUGUGGCCAGAUGAUGGUUUCCGUCUCGUUUUAUGCAACCCAGUCAUCAAACCUCAGGGUUUCCAGACAUAUUGUGGUGGCUGGGGAAUAGCUGUGCGGAGACCAGAGCGGACGCCCCCCCCCCCUUCCCUCCCACCUCACGCCAUGCACAACAGGAACCAGCGCAGAUAUGACUCCCCUUCUGAGCCCGGGGCCCCUUCCAGGGCCCUGCAGGGCCCGGACAGGAACAGGGGGGCGCCUUCGCAGAAGACCGGUGCCACCCCACACAAGGCGGCGCGGGCACCCAGGGAGCACCCCCACAGCGCGUUCGGCAGGGCCACCCACGCCGUGUACCCCCCCAAAGCCUCCCGCGGCAAGCCCUGUAUGUCCGUCCCGGUCGUGAGUCUGGAGAAGAUGCCCGGCCUGGGGAGAGCAGAAGGAGGCCAUGUGCGUCUCAGCUGCACACCUCCCUCCUCCUCCUCCUCUUCCUCCUCUUCUUUGUAUUCUCCGCCACCCCAACCGGCAUCCCAAAGGUCUCAGGAGAGACUCGUGAAUGGCAAAGGCCCGGCUCCUCCCCCUGUCCAGUUUGAACAGAGAAACGAAGCUCCGCCCUCUCCCUAUGAUUGGUGGCCAAGCUCUUCCCCCUCUGUGAUGGACAGGCAAGCAAGGCCGCAUGCUCCACCCUCUCCCUAUGAUUGGUGGCCAAGCUCUUCCCCCUCUGUGAUGGACAGGCAAACAAGACCGCAUGCUCCGCCCUCUCCCAUGCACAAGCGAGCCAGUGCCUCUCUCUCUGUGCUGGACAGAAAGACCCAAAAUGGCACAGAGGGCAGUAAAACGUAUAAAAGGCUAUCAGGGAGGGUUUUUGAUCCUGACAAGCACUGCGGCGUCCUGGAUCCAGAGAGCAACAGGCCGUGUACACGAUCACUGACCUGCAAGACGCACUCCCUGACUCAUCGGAGGGCAGUGCCGGGCCGGAGGAAGCUGUUCGACACCCUGCUGGCUGAGCACAAGGGCCGAGCCAAGGAGAAGGACAGGGGCUGUAAACGGGAGCCUCCGGCAGGCCGCGGCCGCCUGUCGCCCGAACCCGGGCCUGCAGAUCACCCCAACGGCAAUGACACCAGGUCUCCUCUAAAAACCAGACUGGCCAGCUUAUGUGUGCCGAGGCUGCCUGCGGGGGGCGCCGUGGGAAUGUUCUCUUGCCCAGGUCCACCUCUAGCACCUGCGCCUCCCUGCCUCGGGGCAGAAGGGUGUAACCGGCUGUCCAGCGAUGAGACUGAGGGUGAUGGCGAGGCCCCUGAGGGCCCCGAAGGGCCCGACUGCCAUCCACGGCCCUUGGCGUGCUGUGCGUUCGGGGCCCGGCUGGUGGGUCCUGGGGGCUACGCGUUUGACCGGCGCUGGGACCGGCUGAGGGCGGUGCUGCAGCGAAUGGUGGAGAAACACAUCAGCUCACAGAUGUGGAAGAAGAUUCCACUGGCUCUCGACAGCCCCGUGUCGCUGUCUGGGCCCCCGCAGUGCCCCCCUGCCAGCCCGGUCUUCCCGCCCCUGUCAACCCCCCCCCUCUUGCCCCCAGCCAGAUUCGCUUCGCCACCAGAUGGAACCCCUGUGCUGGGCUACCCUGCCCCCUUCUCGCAUGCCACUGGUGGUGGACGGGGAAUCUUCGGCAUCCUGGACACAUCCCCCACCCCGCCGGGCCUGGAUCCCCCCCUCUCGUCUCUGGGCAGACAGGCCAAGGUGAAGCCUGGGAGGUGCAGACAACCUCAUGGCUCAGCACCCGGGGCUCUGGGCGAGGCGGUAGGGGGACGGAAGAGGAGGGCCCCACCCACUUCAGUGUCCACCUCCACAACAGUUUCCGCAUUGCCCCACUGCAUCCCCCUCCCCACCCUUGCCAGUAACGGGACACCCCCCCUCAGUGCCAAACCUGAGUUCUCCGGGCGCGUGGAAGGAGACUGCAAAGGCGCCCAUGUGCCCGGUUUCCACACUCCCUUAGAGGGUGACACCUGCUCACCCCGCGGCCAUUCUGCCGAGUCGAGGAAGCGGAAGGGCUGCGUCACCUACACAAGACCCAGCAAGGUACCCAAGCUGCCACAGGUCGCCAGCAUCUUCCGGAAGAGUGGUGCCGGCCUCCUGCCAGCGGUCCCCGAACCCCAGCUCCCUGCGUUCCCUCGACAGCCGAAGAUUCAGCACUGACGGGCCGCGUGUAACGGGCCACUGUGUCCUGGAGUGGCGACAGUCGUCGCUGAAGGAUUGGAGGCUGUUCAGGGUGUUUGCGUGGGCCUGUGCGGAUGACUCGCUUUCCGGAAGGUUCCGUGUCUCCGUCCAACAGCUCCUCCCACACGUCGCCUACCCCGGCCUCUCUCCAUUCUUUUGUCAACUUCCGCCUUUUCCUGGACACGGAGAUGCCGUCUCGGAAUCGCCUGGAAUGCGGCUCCAGAGGAAACGCUCCAGUUUGGAUCGGCACCAAAGUGGCCCGUUUCCGCUCGCGCUGGUUAGGCAACUUCAGACAUUCACAGUCCUCGCCUGCAAAACUUCAGCCGGUUUCCGCGUCGACGUGAAACUUCACGCAUUUCAUCCGGACGUCUGACAUUUACAAAAUCCACUCCGGUUUCCGUGUUUUCGUUUUUUAGUGGAAGUUGUUGCUUGUUGCCAGGAAGGAUGUCGUUUAUCAGUGGGAUUUUCCUACAUGGAGGACUAACAUUUGCUGUCAUUUUGGCCUGUCUACCUGCGGCAGGUGCUGACCGACUCUUGUGCUCCCCCUGCAGGACAGUGUUAAAAGUGCACUUAGCUUCACGCCUUGACAGUAAUCAGGCUGGAGGAUCUAAACCUUCUGAGCGUCGAACCAAGGGAAUUUUGUUACGCGAGUGUCUUUUUGCAAGCUGCGCUUUAAUAUUUGACGAAGUCAUACUCUUACUGUUUGUUUUACAUAUUGCGAGUAAGACAAAGUUGAGAAGUUCGAAAUUGUCAGGUUGGUUUUGUAUGUCAGUUUCUUUCUAGCUGACCAGCUUCAUGCUGCGACUGCUUAAAAAUCCCUUUUUCAAGCUAAAAGCAAUGUCGUAGUGUGGCUGUCGAGAGAUAGAAUUUAUCUUUUGUUAUUUUUGUAUUUAUUAAUAUUCUGUGGUUAAGGACUUGAAGGUUCCCAGUCAGAUGAGCACCGUGAAAUUCUGAGUAGGCUGUGAGUCCUGGAAUGGACGACAUUAAUGGGCCCACUGUGGUAAACUUAGUAGAACUUCCUUGAUGUCUGUGGCAGCUGAAUUGACUUUGCUAAGCUGUGAUUCCCCCCUCCCACGUCUUGGACCAGGCCGUUACCAUGACACCCUCUCCCCCAAUAGCAUCACAGGCUCAGGCAGACUGUAUCCCAUGCCCUGUGCCCCCUCCCCUGGCGUCGUUAACUUUCAUGAGGCCGCUUUUACGGCUUCCUCCUGUCACAGGUACGUCCCCUGCGCUUGGGCACCCCUUCUGGUAACAGGUGGCACUGCACAGAUGUGCGCAGAUGGCCGGCGAAUUCUGGUCCGGUCCCACGGUCGCGGUUUAAUUCCACAUAGGCAGCAUCAUUUUGUUAAAUCCUGGGCGUAUGAUACCAGCUGGAUUGCUUGAAUGCACUUUCUGUCCCGUUUCAGGAACAUUUUUAUUUAUUUCAGUAUUUAAAAGCAAUUGCUUCAAACAGCCAUAGCUGAUAGGACUAACAAACCAGGCAUUGUGUGAUUUUUUUUUUCCUGAUUGUCCUGCUACAAGAGGCCCCAGCAUUGCCUGCGUUCCUGUGAGGGAGGCAUGAGAUUGGUGACAGGUCUCUCCCAGCCUUGGGACUCUGCUGCCCCCUGUAGAAACUCCUUCAGUCCUCCUCAGCUGUCACUCCUGGACGACCUUCUGCCCA